CAGCAAAGUUUAGUUUCCGGUGUCAUAGGUUACGGCAGAGAGACUCAAGAUGGCGUCGCUAAGUGACAAGUCAGUUUGGGACGAAGUGGAAGAUGGAAUCGGGGAAGAAGUGUUAAAAAUGUCUUCGGAGGAGAUAGUUCAGCGAACUCGACUCCUCGACAGUGAGAUAAAGAUCAUGAAGAGCGAGGUUCUGAGGGUGACCCACGAACUUCAAGCAAUGAAGGAUAAAAUCAAGGAAAACACGGAGAAGAUAAAGGUGAACAAAACCCUGCCGUAUCUCGUGUCGAACGUGAUAGAGCUGCUCGAUGUGGAUCCCAAUGACCAAGAGGAAGACGGGGCGAAUGUGGACCUGGAUUCCCAGAGGAAGGGAAAAUGCGCUGUCAUCAAGACCUCUACUCGGCAGACAUACUUCUUGCCGGUAAUCGGGCUGGUGGACGCCGAGAAGCUGAAGCCCGGAGACCUGGUGGGUGUCAACAAAGACUCCUACCUGAUCCUGGAGACUUUACCCACCGAGUAUGACUCCCGAGUCAAGGCGAUGGAGGUUGACGAGCGACCCACAGAGCAAUACAGCGACAUCGGAGGGCUGGACAAGCAGAUCCAGGAGCUGGUGGAGGCAAUCGUGCUGCCCAUGAACCACAAAGAAAAGUUCGAAAACCUGGGCAUCCAGCCACCAAAGGGAGUCCUGAUGUACGGACCACCGGGAACGGGGAAGACCCUCCUAGCCAGGGCCUGCGCCGCUCAGACAAAAGCUACUUUCCUGAAGUUGGCUGGACCACAGCUAGUGCAGAUGUUCAUCGGCGAUGGAGCCAAAUUGGUGAGAGAUGCCUUCGCCCUGGCCAAAGAGAAAGCCCCGUCCAUCAUCUUCAUCGAUGAGCUGGAUGCCAUCGGUACCAAGAGAUUUGACAGCGAGAAAGCGGGAGACAGGGAGGUGCAGAGGACCAUGCUGGAGCUUCUCAAUCAGCUGGAUGGAUUUCAACCCAACAUGCAAGUCAAGGUGAUUGCUGCCACCAACAGAGUGGACAUCUUGGACCCGGCGCUGCUGCGUUCAGGUCGUCUGGACAGGAAGAUCGAGUUCCCCAUGCCAAACGAGGAGGCCAGAGCACGCAUUAUGCAGAUUCACUCCCGCAAGAUGAACGUCAGCCCCGACGUCAACUACGAAGAGCUGGCGCGCUGCACCGACGACUUCAACGGCGCCCAGUGCAAAGCCGUGUGCGUGGAGGCGGGCAUGAUCGCGCUCCGGCGUGGAGCAACAGAGCUGAACCACGAGGAUUACAUGGAGGGAAUCCUGGAGGUACAAGCCAAGAAGAAGGCCAAUCUGCAGUACUACGCAUGAGGACACUGCGGGUUCGUGUUUGUGAUCGGUGAAAAUAGUUGUGGCAUUCUCUACGCUUGUCACAGCAGAUUUCCAUUGAGUUAAUAAAAAAGACAUGAAAACAAAUAAUUUUGUUCCUUCAUAUUUU